AGAAGAUGUUACCGGCAACGAAAGAAAAUAGGCACGUGUUGAGUUCAAUAUUUUUCGUUUUAUAAUCUCGUUUAGUUCGUUUGGCAGGGACUGCCACAAAGAUUUGAGGAAAUGAAGCUCUGGAGCACGGAGCAUAUAUUCAGCUACCCCUGGGAGACGGUGAUAAAAGCAGCAAUGAGAAAGUACCCCAAUCCAAUGAACCCCAGUGUAGUAGGUGUGGACGUCCUAGAAAGAAACCUGGACAAAAACGGUCGUCUGCACAGUCACCGGCUUCUGAGCACUGAGUGGGGACUGCCAGGAGUGGUCAGAGCAAUUUUGGGGACCAACCGAACCUUUACCUAUGUUAAAGAGCAUUCGAUUGUAGAUCCGGAAGAAAAAAAAAUGGAGCUUUGCUCAACAAAUAUAACCCUCACAAAUUUAGUAUCUGUUGAUGAGAGACUAGUUUAUAGACCACAUCCAGAAAACCCUGAAGUCACGAUAUUAACCCAAGAAGCCAUAAUCAGAGUGAAAGGGGUCAGUCUGAGUAGCUACCUCGAGGGACUGAUGGCCCUUAGCAUGUCAGCUAAUGCCAGAAAGGGCUGGGAUGCAAUAGAGUGGAUCAUUAAAAACUCAGAAAGAGAGAAUUUGCCCUUGUGUGAUGUUUGCUGACAAGGGGUGACGUCUCCGAUCCUGGUAGAGCAAAUAUAUAAACUUAAACAGAUUCUGAAUGCAGCUAAACAGAACCUCUCUAUAUAACGUGUUGGUAGGCCUGCAGGCAACGUCUGACUCAUGUCUGUUUCUGCGUUUGAUUUGGAAACUCAGGGCCAAAGUGUAAAGCAAUUAUGAUGGGUUGAACAUAGUCUGCUGCCCCAGCUCUGGACCCUAAGUGUCCUGGUCUUUAUCUCUGGCUCUGUGUGCCUGUGCAAAAGGUGUGUACAUCAAGAGUGCUUGAACAAAGCACCACUGUGAAAACCUCACAAACCUCAUGAAACUGCACUUUUAAAUAUAUACUAUUUGGAGUCGUUGGUAAAAUGUGGAAUGUUAUUUCAGAAUAUGAAAUUCUUCUGACUACCUCCUUUCAGGAAUUUUAGAUUUAAAAACAUUUUCUAUUGUUUUAUGGUUUUCACGCCUCAGAAGUCGUUGAGUCUAGUUAAAAGUCUGUUAGAGGCAUGUUGAUUGUGCUCUUGCAGCUUUAUUAUGUUUGUGGAUUUAUUAUGGAUUGUUUCUGUUUUAUAAAACAGAGACAGUGUUGGAGAUAAAUUAGAUGCUUUGGAAUGCCUCCUUUUGGCUUCCAUUUGCAUACACAUUUUCCAUGUUCCUGUGUACUGCUGAGUAGCACUGUGUUGUUACGAAUAGUGAUAUUAUAUCUGCAUAAUAUCAGUGAAUGAUGGCUUCACAGAUAUUGUAUCUGCAUAAUAUCCACGAAUGAUAGCUUGUUGUUUUGAAUAGUGAUACAUUUGUAUUUUUCUCCAGCAGUGACAGCUGUGGUACUUACAUGUCCAUGUAUAGUAGUCCAAAUUAUGCAGGUUUAUGUUUAGAUUUUUUAAAAUCCAGAUCCAUUCUCACUGCCAUUUCCUGAAGGUUAUGAGUUAUUAAUAUAUUUCCUGAAGUCAGUAAUGUUUUGUAUUUUAGUUCAUUUACACAGUUGAGUCUAUUUGUGUGUGCUUUUCAUUCCUGUCCUAUCGGUUAUCUUGAGGCAUAGCUAGCAAGCAGACCUAAGGUUUCUGGGCUCAUUGCUCUAGUGUGGAUGCUGAAAUUAGAUCCCAUGUAUGGCGGUUAGUGUUUCCUAGCACAUGAGCUAAUUAAGUGCUAAUAGGAAUAUAAUUUAUGAUUUGUUCAAUAUUAACAUUUCACCCCUAUUUCUGUGGUGUUGUUUUUCCCCCUACACUACACAUAUUUUAUUCUCCAUGCUCAGCCUAUGCUGCAACAGUUUGUCUUUUUAAAAAGGUGAUUCUUUUUAAAAAGGUAAUUUUACUGCAUGUAUACUGAAUGGUUGACACAUUAUACAUGUAGUUUUGCUAGUUUGAUCAAAUUGGGGUCUAAUGCAGUCAAACUAGCCCACAUACAUGAGUGCUUCAGCCAGUGAAAGAAAUUAUGUAACAUCUAAAGGUCAGGGCUUAAACCUAGAAUAUAGUGAUUUAAUUUAUCAUAGAUGUAUCAAGGAAAUGUGUUGCUAGUUAAUAGUAGCUAAGUGUAGCAGGAAGGUGAGCCCUGGUGGCAAGGUCCUUGUUUGGUGCUAAAAAAUAUUCAUUAACCCUGUGCUACCACUUGUCAAAACAGAACCUUUUGAUUUGAACAAAACUAUUCACUCAUUUAGUAAUUGUCAUAGGAUUUUUGUUUUAUUAUACAGGAAUGCUUCAGAUAGGGCCUUAUUUAAAAAAGGAAAUGCAGAAUUAUCAGCUAUGAUAUUGUAUUACUAACUACUCAGAAGUCAGAUUGAACGCCAUUCCAGAAAGCAUGCACAAGAUACCAAUGACAAUUCAAAAUGAAUUCCAUGUUGCUAUAUUGGAGCAAAUCGGCUUAUCUAGGCCUUUAACGGAUCCUGUUCUAGUUCACAGCAAUGACAGUAUGUACUUAUUACUGUCAUCAUUUCAUAAAAGUCUUAGGAAAACACAGGAGCGUUUAAAAGGUCAUCUAGUAUUUGCACGUAAGACCAGAGUUGCUUUACUACAUUGUAUUGGGACAGUGAACUCCUAAAUGUUUUUGCUGUAUUCUCCAGCAUCUUAACCAAUAAAAAGAAAUAUGGUAUGUUAUCGCAAUUAACUUAAAUGCGUUCUGCGGUCUUCUCUCAUUCAUUAAGUUCUAGGCAGUAGUUUUCUGAUGCCUAGUUUCUUGGGUAUGCUUCUGAUGCUUUUCUUAUGCCUUUCAGAUUGCUUGUUAUUAGUCUGUUAUUCUCUUAUGCUUCAAAUCCCCUGGAGUAUACAGCAACUAUAAUUAUUUGGACUGUUCUAAUACAUAGGGGGAGCUGUGUAUGGGAGAAUUAAUGUAUGCAAAUUCUGAUGACAUAUAUUAAAAUUAUGCAGUGUUACCACUGAUGAACCUAACUACUGCAUCUAGAAGAGUUGCAAGUCAGAGUUUACAUUUAGAAUCUAUGUAAUUAUUGUUAUAGGCAUAGUUGGAAAGUAAUGGACUAUAUCUAAUGGGCAUACCUCUAGAUUAAACCCAACUGAAUGCACUUACAAAAAGCCAUAGGCCAGUAUGUCACAUUAGCAGAGCUUGUUUGUAAAGAGGCUUUUCAAAAUACCAAAAUUGCUAUAAAUGUAGAAAUGCACUUAUUGACAGUGCAAGUAAAAAAAGAAAAUCCUUGUAAUAUAAACCAUAAUGGCAGACUGUUAUUAAUCCAGCAUGUAGCUCCUGUAAGUCAAGUUAUGAUGCAUAUUAUUCUGUUUAACAGUUUUAAUUGUAUUUAUUUUGCAAUUAACUGGAAUGUUAGUGUUUUCUUACCAACAUUUAUACACUAAUUUAAAUAAACAUCAUGUCCUCAAUUAAUUGUGUAAUUAUCAAAUUUUACACUGUAAAAAAAAAAUCUUGGUGACAUCAAAUUACUUUUUAAAUGUAGGAAAUAUGUUUGUCAUGAAAUUAUGAAACUAAAUCUUUGGUAAUGAUUAUUCCUUCCCACACUUAAUUGUUGGAAGAAAAUGACCUGCAAUGGACUAGGAAAGUUUUACUUCAUAAGACACUUGAAAUUAGUUUUAAAAAUGUAGAACUAGGCUGAAUAAUGUAAAUUUCUAGGCAGAGAAAUUUGAUACAUUGCCUAUAUUCAGCAGGUUUUACCUUGCUAAAUCAAGUAAAGUACAUUUAAAAAAAAAAUGUUGUGUUAAUGUUUCUAUUACAUGUUGUAUAAAAUUUGCAUGUAUAGAAAA